CAAUACUAUUGCAGUGAUGUAUUCAUUGGUCUUUUUAAAAUGAGAACGUGACAAAACUUUAGUUUUUAUUCAUCGAAAAUACUAUUUUAAUUAUAAAGUCUGUUGAAGCUUGAUGCUCAUUUAUUAUUUAUUUACAUAGUGAUGAAUAUUUUCAUAGUUACGGCGUGGUAGAACAUUCUGCGUUGAUCGUCUAUUUUAAUGCAAAAUAUUAACUGUUAAAGAUUCUUGUUGUUUGAAGAAAAAGAUAUACAUUAUAAUAUACAAGGGUUAUUUGUAAGGAAAAAUGGAGGAGUUGAAUGGGGAUCUUUAUGGGGAUGGUCUCGUAAGUCUCGGGGAUGAAGGAUCAUUGGAAUCUACUGAUAGUGGGAAGCAGGACCAAAGUUGCACAAUUUGCGACAAUAAGCUGUGCAGUCCCCGGGUGUUGUCAUGCCUACAUGUAUUCUGUGAAACAUGUAUAGAUAAGCUGAUGGUAAAUGAAGCAGGUGAUACUUUGAAAUUUGAUGUAGCUGUUGAAUGUCCAGUAUGCAAACAAGAAACCAAGAUUCCUGUGGGGGGAGCAGCAUCUUUACCAUCUGAUUAUGUGAUUACUAACAUUUUGGAUGUGUCUUCAAUGGAUCAAUCCGUUGUUUGCACCUGUUGUAAGAGUAAAGAACCAGCCGUAGCUCGAUGCACUGAUUGUUCCCACUUCCUAUGCUCAAACUGUAAUUCUGCACAUGAGUUCAUGCGCUGUUUCGAAAACCACAGAGUUGUCCCAUUUGAUGCGCUUCGGUCGUCUAAGGAAAAAUCUGCUGUUCAUAAACCAAUAUUCUGCAGCCGCCAUGUUGGAGAGAGCCUAAAACUGUAUUGCUGUGACUGCGAAGUUGGUGCUUGCACCGAGUGUCUCACAGUAGAUCACAAAGUUGGUGAACAUCGUUGCGAGCGCAUAGUCGAUGCAGAGCCGAAUCUCCGAGCCGAAUUGCGUAACUACAUAGUAGAAGCAAACGCGCGUGCAAUAGCCGCCGGUGGGGCCUCAGCUCGGCUUGACGAUGCCCUGGGUGACCUUCAACGCCAACGCGAUGAGGCCGAGAGCCUCAUUAAUGAAGCUUUCCAUGCCUAUAAAGCUGCUCUAGAAAGGCGCCGUGAGACAGUUCUAGAAGAACUCGAGCGCUUACACAAAGAGAGAGAACUGAAGGUUAUGGAUCUUUUCGACCGCGUGGACAAGACCGUUCUACGUAUUGAUUGCGCUUGCAAGUUCACCACACGGCUGUUGAGACGCGGCGACGGCACCGAAAUUGUGAUGCUUAAGAAGACCGUCGCUUCCCAAUUUGCACGCCUGUUAGAGGGGGCUCCGGAGUUUGAUGUCGAUUUCUCUUUGGAGUUCGUGACAAAGAUGGAUAAAUUCGACUCUAUAACUGAAGAUACCUUUGGAGCUUUUCGGACUGAAGCAACUAUGGCGGAGGAAAGGAAACGGUUAAGCGAGUCCUCUGCGAUCGUGUCCGUUGCGUCGAACGCUCACUCCCCAGCAGUGUCAGUCACCAAUGCACCGGUGUUCGAUGAUUUUCCUCUUGGGAACGUUCGUCGCGUGACUGGCGUUUCUGGGGUGGGAAUGGUGGGAGUUCCCUCAAUGGGUGUAGGCUCCGGGCCAGUGGCAAGCAGUGGGGUACUGCCGGGGGUCGUGAGCGUUAACAAUGUAACUGGAGUAGGCUCUGGGGUGCCAGCACUGCCGUCUAUGGUCGAAUACAACUUGCAGCAGUUGGCAAGUAUUGCCGAAAAGGACGUUCCGCCACCCCCGCACGCUUCCCCCGCUCCAUCAUUCACAUUAGCGGAAUUACUGGCUGGUGAUUUGAACUCUCCACAUGCAUACAACAACUUGCAAGCUUUAGCCAAACUUGGAUUGAAUACAGAGGUCAACGGCUAUGGUGGGGUCGGGGGCGUAAGCGCCAUUAGCUCAGUAGGCCCCCGGGGCGUGUCCCCCGGUCGUCCGCUUUUAACAGCAGCCGAAGAAGCAGCCUUAGUCGCGCCACCAGCCCCACUGGUUCGGGCAACGAAGGCCACACCCAUGCAUAUUAGAUUUAAAUUCGGACAACUCGGAGGCGGUAAGGGCCAGUUCAACUCCCCCCAUGGCUUCUGCCUUGGAAAUGAUGAAGACAUCAUUGUUGCGGAUACCAAUAAUCACCGGAUUACUGUGUUCGACAAAGCUGGCAAUCACAAGUUCAAUUUCGGUGUAGCGGGUAAGGAAGAGGGCCAGUUGUGGUACCCCCGUAAAGUGGCUGUGGUCCGCGCCACUGGAAAGUUUGUUGUCUGUGACCGUGGCAACGAGAGGUCCCGAAUGCAGAUAUUCACUAAGAAUGGGCACUUUUUGAAGAAAAUUGCCGUGCGGUUCAUCGACAUAGUAGCUGGCCUGGCAGUGACAGCCGAAGGUCUAAUAGUGGCAGUGGAUAGUGUGACCCCAACUGUAUUUAUUCUGUCUGAGGAAGGUGACCUCAUGAGUUGGUUCGAUUGUAGUGAGUGUAUGCGGGAGCCUUCCGACAUUGCUAUAAGCGGCAAAGAAUUCUACGUAUGCGACUUCAAAGGUCACUGCGUGGUCGUGUUCGACGAUGAGGGCAGGUUCCUUCGUCGCAUCGGAUGCGAGAACGUGACCAAUUUCCCCAACGGGAUCGACGUGUCGGACGCCGGCGACGUGCUGAUCGGCGACUCGCACGGAAAUAAGUUUCACGUGGCCGUGUUUUCGCGGGACGGGGUUUUGGUCACAGAGUUUGAAUGCCCCUAUGUGAAGGUGUCCCGCUGCUGCGGUCUGAAGAUAACAUCGGAAGGCUACAUCGUAACCCUGGCAAAGAAUAAUCACCACGUUCUAGUCCUCAACACCUUAUACAUUGUCUGAGGAAUAACUCAAUGGCUGUAAGUCGUACACAAGAUCUCACAUUUAUUCCCUAUUUUAUAAUUUGAUUGCUGAUUUUACAUUGCUUAACAGUAUUUGACUAAUUGUUAUUUUUUUUUAAUUGUUAAAUUCACUAAACGUUGUCUAUUCGCAGUGAAAUCUCCUAUUCGUUUCGGCCUCACUGCAUAAGAACUGAAUAUUUUGGUUUCGCAUUUAGUUAUAGUAACAGAAAAUCCAAAGUUUAGGCUAAUUUCAUUUUUUGUUUUUGCAUCCGGUUGCCUCAUACUUGGUUUGGACAAUAUGUAAGAUUGUUCCAUAGACCGGUGACUGGAUUAUUUUAUAUCUAAAUUAGCAGCUAUGGUUCCUAGUUCGAGUGAAGUAAUGUCAAUUAGGUUCUGAUGGGGUGUCGCCUCGCAGACGAAUCGAACAUUAUUGCUUGUAGUCUCAUUUUAUUGCCCAUGGGCGAUAAGGCCAUGUGUUUACGCACAAUUGAUUUAAUCUUUUUAGUCUUUGACCAAAGGAGGCGACACUAAAACGUGCCAUCUAGUUUAGGUUUAAUCGCUUAUACAAUAUUAUAUAUUGUCCGUUAAAAUAUAUUUACCUUUUACAGAAAUUCUUGUGUCUAUACAAAAUGUUUUUUCCAUGUACUCUUGUUUUGAGAGCCUAUAUUUGAACAUUUUUUCGUGGUUAGGCUGUUAAGGAACACUUUCUUUGGUAAUUGGAUUGAACCACUGUUAAUACAAAUUAUAUACAUUGAGUGGUGUUUAGUAGUUUAUGUGGCAUUUUCAUGUAACUUAUCGAUAUUUCGACUGUUAUUCCCCUUUUACAUAGCAUUAGGUAAGUCACAAAGUUGAUUAGCGGGUUCGAUCGCUUAUAAAUGGGUUAGUAUUGAACAAAUAGGCUAUUAAACUAUCGUUCGUAAUAUAUCCAUGAAUGUGCCAUCAUAAACCUAUAUUAUUUCUACUAGUUGUCAUCAAAAUUACUGUUCGCCAAAGUAUAUAUUUUUUAUAGCGAUCCAAGUUAGAAAUUUUUGGAAAGUUAACUCUUCUUAAAGUUAGAUGGUAGGUGAAUAAUAUUAAUCGUCACCUUAUAUAUCCUGCUAUAUAUUGUUUUGAAAUAAUGAUUUUCGUGGUCUUCCAAUAUCGGCAUUGAAAUAUUUUAUUAGAAUUUAUUUGAACCAAAUUUAACAUGGAAGAUGGAGUAGUCGGGGGUCAUUAUUUCAGCAAGUCCUUUCUAAAUUGAUAAGUACUUACAAACCACCUAUAUUUGAGUGUGAUAUUUUGUUGAUAUAUUAUUUUAUAUGAUGCUCUCUAGCCCCUAUAGAAAACAUGAUUUCUAAUUUGAACCUCAUUUGAGUAUGUCUUCAUUUUUUGAGUUCCUUAAGCCCAGUGCAAAAGUCUACUGUUCAUAUGAUGAGCCGAAUCUUUUUAAAUAUUGCUGAGCCAUACUUAUACCGUAGCCGUUCACAUAUUAUAUCGUAAGUAUAUUGUACUUAAUUAGUCGGUAAUAUUUGUUUGUAUUGGAACAGUAUAUGGGUUCAAUUAGACAUUUAAUGUGAUAUGAGCAAUAAUGUAAAACCGUCGAGUACCAACACAAGUCGCCGAGUCGAAGUCACAUCGGCGUUGACGCUUUGAUUUAUUUAUUAGUAGCUUUUGGGUUUUUUUUUUCUUAUUGUUUUUAAGUUAUUUGUUUCAGGAUUUUUUGUCCCGAUAGUAUUAGGGAAUUUUAUUUUCUUUUAUUAUUUGAACUAAGCAAAUGAAAGCUGCGAGCGUUGCGGGUUUUAAUGUGUGAUUAAUACUCGUAUUUUAUUAAUUUUACUGUAUUGUUUUAAUUGUCCCUGGGCCCAUAUUUAAAUAGUAUUUAUGGCCAGUGCGUAAGGCCUUAGAGUUACGAAUUUUUACUGCCAAAUUGUUUUCUUACUAUAUUUGUGCAUGCACAUAAUUAUUAUUUUAUUGUAUAGGUAUUUGUAGAAAUUAGUUACUAGUUGUUGCCAAUUUUUUUUUGUUUUAAUAUUCAGGGUUUUAAUAUUAUUAUAAUGUUCAAUAUUUUAUUUGUUGUCCAUUGGUCGAAAUUUUUGUGUGUUAGUGACGUAAAAUUUUACAGAAAUACAAAUAGGAGCCCCAAAGGGAGCGUUUGACGCUAUUAAUAAUAUUGCUUAGAGUUGCAUAAAAUUAUUAAAAAAGUGGUGUGAUAAGUUUUGGAUAAUUUUACAAAUUAUACUAUUUUGUGUGAAUUUCAAUAUUGAUAAAUUUAAAGUACGCAUUACCAAUAACACAACGGCAUCGACAUUUAGUCGACCGUAUGUCUGGGAGUAUUAUUUUAGAAUACAUUUAAUCUAAUUUGAUGUAAACAGUCGACGAGAGUUUCCUUUUGUUCUUGCCAUGUAUCUUAUAUAGGUGUCGAAGUAGAGGUUUUGUAGGAAUUAGAAUUUUUCAAUUAUUGAUGUAUACAGAGCUGUGGGAGCGAUGGUGUUAUUUAGAUUCGUUAGUUAGAAGGGUGGCGGGUAUUCGCUGCGUCUCUUUGGCUGUAUAUUUAUGCUGUUACGGAUAAGCACUGUCAUGGGGUUAAUGGCAGGUCAAAUGGUAUCUAUUGUCCAUUGACGUUACACGAUAAUAAUUGUAUCAUUAGAGUACAUUACAGUAGCCUUUCUUGGAAAUCUUAAAGUUACCUAUAUACACGUAAAGCGAUUUUUGGUACAUGUAUUUCUCUUCUAUAUUCCCUUAUGUAUCCAGCAAUAAAUUCGGUAGAUGUAGUAUGCGCCGUUUGGCAUUAACGUUGUCAGCUCCGACGGCGAUCGCACGAUUGUCCGUUCGGUGGAAUGCGCAAGUUUAUUGGCAAACGGUGUGGUAUUAGGGUUCGCAGCGCACAAGGUGAGCUCAUGUUACCCUCCCUAUUGGAGGUGGGCGUAUUGCCUAUUUUGUGGCACCAAGCACAGCUCGAUAAUCCGGUGGAGUUCGUGAUUCUUAGGACCGUGCUAAUUGACCGUGAGUAGGGUUCGGACGGGAUGUGCGUUCAGUUUGGGACACCGACAGCUGAUCACCUGCUUUUUACGAUUCAGUGAUCCUAAAUCCUAAUCAACCCCUCGGGGCCACGUUGGUAACUCGUAGAAUCGAUUUUAUUGUGUCAUUAGUGUAGUAUUAACGCAUUUAGAAUUGAAAUUUUUCACCUUACCACCGCCAUAUUAGUUUGGUCACUCCACUGUUCAAAAACCAAUAAAAAUAAGGUUGUGAGCUGAAUUCCCUUGGAAUUAUAAGCCACAUGAGUGCUUGUGCAAUAAAUAUCACAGUUUGGGUCUAGGCUUUUAAAUUAUUAUAGAUUAUAUACAUUGUUGAGCUGAUUAUAAAAAUUUAAUAUAUUAUUAUACCUUUUAAUAUUGUUAAUGAAUUCUAAUUGCAUUCCACAUAGAGUGAACGAAUUUGAAAUGACCAUUUUCAAUCUACAUUAUACAAGUUAUUUUUUUUACAACGUAGGAUUAUUAGCAGUUGCCAAUGUUUUUUCCUUUAGUCAGUAAAAGUACAAAUAUUUUAAUAUACAAUUCUUGGUAUUUAUCUAUGUAGUGUCUAAUUUUUUUUUUAAUUUGUUUGUUUAACUAUAAGCAUAAUUUUUUUCACUAACGCGGCCAGUUACAACUUGAAAAUUAUUCGGUAAAAAAACAUAUCACUUGGAAUCUGAUUCUCGCAUUACGUAAUGUGUAUAGGCAAAUUCAUUAACGCUAAACAUAAAGCAAUACAUUGCUCACCACGACAGCUCGGUAUAAAAAAUGUUGCAUACAUUUUCCGUAAUGUGAGAUUGUAUUUUUAUCUUAGUAGUAACAUCUGUGUUUUCUUUAAUUUUACGGUUCAAUGGCUUUCGUUUUAUUUCAGUUAGUUAUAAGUGUAUCCUAAGUUACAAUGUAAUGUUUCUCGUCAUUUUUAAUUAUAUCGAUUAAAUUUAUUUGUAUGAAUGGUGCAUGUUCCAAAUGCAUAUUUUAUUUUUGAUCCAAAGAUUUCUUUUUAAUGCUUAUAGUUUAAUUUUAUUUAUAAAAACGACAUUUGUGGAGUGUGCAUUGGCAUUUGAUAUUAGAAUCACAUAAUUCCGUAGCGUUGGUGCAACCGAGCAAAUGUCUACUGUAUUCUCGUAUGAAUAUUGCUCAAUGGUUUUAUUACGUUUAAAGUAUUUUAACAUAGGUCAGUCCACGGAGUGUAUUGGCCGUGGACUUUCGCGUACAUAAUAUCUACCGACAAUACCCUCCGUAAACAUUUGAAACUUGAAACGUUAAAUUUUAUUAUUAGGUAGUUGUUUUGCCUUGUCGCCUUGCAUCGGCGCAAGUUGCGGGGCGCCAGAGACACUUGCCAUGCUCUGGAGCCAUUUUGACUGCUUCGACUCAAAGCAAUAUUAUCCACUUCCCGAUUGCACAUAUCUUUUUUUAAUACGACCCGGUUAGCAGUUAAUAAUGUCUCCAGCGCCGCGGCGGUGUUAGCUGAACAAAUUUUAGCCCCACAGUCAACGAAAGUAUUGUUAUAAUAUUACAUACAGAAUUUUCUGCAGCGUCGUGCCUAGAUCUUAGAAGUUAAUCGUAUUGAGGUAGAGAUAAUCUCAAAUAUUUUGGCUCUUUGAAUAUUCCAUGAUAUUAUUUUGUUUUUCGUGAAAUUGUAUUUACAUUAUACAUUCAUACACUUAGUAAUAUUGUAUACAUGAAUAUACAUUGCGUAGUUUGUAAAUUGAUUUAAAUGUAAAAAUAAGAUGCGCAACUGGUUUUACAUCGCCGAUUGGGAUCGCAGGAAUUGAUCGAUUUUAAUAUAGAGCAAUCGAGUAUCUCGUGUGUUUUUUUCAACUAGUUGAUCGUCUUACUUUGACACUUUUCGCCGCUGAGGUUACUUGAGAAUUUGGUGUUGUUGAGCUCGCACCUUUUUGGCGAGUACAAAUUUUCACGUGACUGCGGCUUUUAUUAUUAAGUUUAUUAUUCGUGAACUGUGGCCAGGACAACAGCACAGAGCAGUGUAAUUCAGAGCCUGCCUAACAUAUAUUUUUGUCAUGAUUUUAUUUAGGUAUAUACAUGUUAUUCACAUAUUACAGUUUUCUCAAUAAUAGCUUGUAUUUUAAUUAAGAAAUAAUCAUAUUUAACAUUGCCAGGUGAUCAGCAACCUGCACUUUAAUAUUUUUGGAAACUAUUGAACUUAAAUUGUACUGACUUUAUAAAUAUAUUUACUUCAAUAAAGAUUUUCCAUGCCACUA